UGGCGGCAUGCACUCUUAACGUUGGUUUGUGGCCCGCCAGUAAAUCAAAGAAGCAGCAGCAGCAGCAGCAGCAGCAGAAGAAGACGAAGAAGACGAAGAAGAAGAAGAAGAACAACAACAACAACAACAACAACAACAACAAAGUCACUAGCGCAUUUAUUGUGAAAGGCUUAAACGGACGUUAAAUCGUGUUUAGAUGAACUUUCCGUGGAGUCUCUGCUGGUUCCUGAGAAGUUGAAACGGGCACUGUGGACAGUCAGCAGGAGGCGAGAAAACCCGCCGCAGUCCGCUCCGACCUCCAUUUAAAAAAAGUAAUAACGCAGACAUUGGGGACAACAAAGCUACAGACCGGCAGAGGGCGAAAACGACUCUCCACUGACCAGAAUGACUGCCAACUCAUUCGAAUGUCCCUCAACAACCGUAGGAUGACAUCAAGUGACCUACAAAAAGAAUGGUAAAAGGCAGCUGGGGUGAAGUGCACGGCGAGGACGGUUCGAAACAGGUUCCUAGGGGCAGGACUGAAGUCGUGCAAUGCUAGAAAAAAGCCCUUCAUCAAUGAGAAGCAAAGAAGAGCCAGGCUGAGGUUUGCAAGAGACCAUAAGGAUUGGACUGUAGAGGACUGGAGUAAGGUCAUCUUCUCUGGUGAGUCCAAUUUUCAGCUUUGUCCAACACCUGGUCGUCUAAUGGUUAGACGGAGGCCUGGAGAGGCCUACAAGCCACAGUGUCUCGCACCCACUGUGAAAUUUGGUGGAGGAUCGGUGAUGAUCUGGGGGUGCUUCAGCAAGGCUGGAAUCGGGCAGAUUUGUCUUUGUGAAGGACGCAUGAAUCAAAGCUGUGAUUCAAAAUCAGGGUUAUUCCACCAAAUAUUGAUUUCUGAACUCUUCCUAAGUUAAAACUUACUUUGUCCCAAAUCCAAAAACUUCAGACGUCCAUAUUCAAUCGAGGCGUGAUCUUCUGACCCGCUGUAUUAUCUUAUUAUUAUUGUUUGUGGCGUGUUCAUAAAGUUUAUUCAUUUAGAAUUGUGAGAGGGGUAGGAGGGGUAGGUGUAAUAAGCUAUGGCUUCAGCCUACACGUUUUUGGUCAUUGCUAUAAUCAGUCUCAACCUUGAUUUAUUAUUUUGUGGAUGUGAGAGCCCCUGAGCUAUGUCAUUGUAAUUUUUGACUUCAUACUAAAUCAUGAUUUAGUAUGAACUCAAUAUAUAUAAUAAUGUAUAUUUGUUCAUGAAUGGCUGAAAGAAAUUAAUACCCAGGGCAUCAGAUAAAUACACAUAAAACACAGAAUUAUUUAACAUUUAAUAAUAUCAGCUGAAUCAUAUACAUACUGUUUUGGAUAGUUUGUUUUGUGGUAUAUGUUUGAUUAUUUUGUUACUGGGGACAUAUUAGUAUAAAACUUCAUGAUGACAUGGGGUCGUAUUAAUAACUACAAAUCUCUUUACUUAUUUUACUGUUAUAAUUCACUGGGUCUUGGGUCAGGGUCUUUUUUCAGAUUUAUCAUCUUCCAGUUUUGUUGUAUUGUUGACUUUGUGUUUUCUGUCACAAGUUUGAUCCUGGUUUUUGUAGAUGAGCAACCUGAAUCCUGAAACUCCAGAAAAUUGCUAAACAUCUCAGAUUUCAGCUGUUUUUUGUGGCUAGUAGUCACGUUGUUAUUCCUCACAGGAGAUAACGUGUCCUCUGUUUUUCUCCUGCUGUUGUUUAAGCCCUGGAAAGGUUUGUGUUAUAGCUGUGUGGCCGGGCAGCCUGGCUGCCUCCCAGCCUCCAGAUGAAUGAAGAGCACUCAGGGACACAGACACACAGCUGAUGCAGGGCAUGCAGGUAUUUCUGCAAAUACGAUGAAGAAAAAGAAUCCUCAUAAGAAACCGAAGAGCAGUCUGGGUCCGACCACCAAAGGUCUGUCGCAGCCACGACGCAACAUUGUCGGCUGCAGGAUUCAGCACGUCUGGAAGGAAGGAGGAGGACACGUGGUCUGGAAAGGAACAGUGCUCGACCAGGUGCCAGUGAACCCGUCUCUCUAUCUGAUAAAGUAUGAUGGUUUUGACUGCGUUUAUGGUCUGGAGCUUCAUAAAGACGAGAGAGUUCAGGGGUUGGAGGUGCUCCCUGACAGACUGGCUAAAUCCCGUCUAACAGACGUCAGCCUGGCGGACACCAUGAUAGGUAAAGCGGUGGAGCACAUGUUUGAGAUGGAGGAGGGUCCGAAGGAGGAGUGGAGGGGGAUGGUGCUGGCCCGAGCUCCAAUUAUGACCACCUGGUUCUACAUAACCUACGAGAAAGACCCUGUCCUUUACAUGUACCAGCUGCUGGAUGACUACAAAGAGGGAGACCUCCGCAUCAUGCCCGACUCCAAUGACAGCGUCCCGGCAGAGAGGGAACCUGGCGAGGUGGUGGACAGCCUGGUGGGUAAACAGGUUGAGUACGCCAAAGAGGAUGGGGGCAAACGAACGGGCAUGGUCAUCCACCAGGUGGAGGCCAAGCCCUCUGUCUACUUCAUCAAAUUUAACGACGACUUCCUCAUUUACGUCUACGACCUGGUCAAAACUUCAUAAGACUUUGCAGACGUCCUGAGCCCGUCCCACAUGACAUAAACAAAAUGCAGCACGUGUUGAAACAUCUGAAGCACUUGAUCAAGUGCUUAUUCCUCAGACCAUCAAAGACAAAAAUAAAGACUCGAAAAAAAUUCUCACAAUGGAAAAAGACAGGAUAGAUACUUUUUGUGAAGCGGCUUGUUAAUGUGUCUGGGAACGGUUAAGACCAGGGGAAAAAAAAUCUAGAUUGGUGACGCUGAAGACUCAUCUAUUACGUUUGUAGACCCUUAAAAUAGAAAGAAAAUGGUCAUGGUUUUAUGUUAAAGGUCCAAAACAUUUUGAAUACCCCUGAAUACCUUUCUGAAAAAAGCAAAGGCAUCCAAAAAUUCUCUUUUACUCUAGAAAGAGAAACUAAACCUUCAAAUUAAUUUUCAGUGUCUGAUUUCAUCCAGAAGUUGGACUUCAGAGACUUUCUGAAGCCUUGGAAACCUAAGGGGCAAAAAAAAAAUAACUUUAACCAAGCCUGAUGGUUUGGUCACACACAAGGGGACACUUUGGAAAUAUCCCAAGACUUAAUUUAUGGCCUUUUUGUUUGGAAUAAAGGUUAACUGAAGUGGGAUUUCUGUUCCGGUUGCUGUACAGAACAAGACACAUUUCUUCAUCAUAUAUUUUACUACUUACACAGGCUCCAUUUCACCAACUUCAGCUGAAUAUUAACGAAGAGGGUCAAAAAUUCCUCGUCUAAAGAUGUCUGCAGUUAAAAACUGUGAUUAAAAAAUGGGGGCUUUUUUUUUUUUUUGCUUUUAUCAUUGCCAAAACCCCGUCUUGUUGUGUAGUUGUUUUAUGUUGAAGACGAUCGGACAGCUUUUUCUUGUGAUUUCACCAAAGCCUUUGGAUUUGCUCUUGUGCUGUCUUUUCAAAGUCCUCAAUGAAGGAUUAAAAGGAUGGAGAAACUAAACUGAAACUUGGCCAAAGCCCUUUCUGUCCUUGGCAGUUUGUGUUAAUGUUAAAUACCUUGUUACAGUAACACUUCGAUCUGCGAUUUCUUGGGUGGUUCUUCCUCCAUUUGAACUUCAAACACAGUGAUUGAUUCUAAAUGUAAAAAUGUGUUCAUUUAAGGAGCAGAAAACAUGGUUUAAUGCACCUUAAAUCCCUGGGGAGCAGACAAGAAGAAUAUUCCCUGGACUGUUCAUGAGUAUGUUGGACUUGUCACCAGAAUCUACAAGAAAAACAAGUCUACUGCAGUGAUACAGUUUUCAGUUUCCGAAAGCAUCAGGGGGACUUUUGUCAAGAUGUUAAGCAUUGGAAUCCUGAUUCCAGUUCACUUCCAUGUCUCAGUUGAUCCGGUCUGUUCCACAGCAUGUAUGCAGUCAGAGAGGACACAAUCAGUUGUAUUUAGUAUAUGAAGAGAUUAAAAACUAGUGAAGGUUUAAAUUUCCCUUUUCCCAAAUGUACAUUUUAUUUUAUUUGUAUUUACUCAAGACUGAAGGUUUGCCAUAAACGUGUUCUGUACUGAUUUGAACAUGUAGUUUAGCGAAAUAUUUAAGCAAAAUUUGGAAUUUGAAUGUACUGUAUGGUUAGAGCUGUUUAUACUGGCAAGUGACUGAUAUCCCAAAUAAAGUUGCCAUUUUCAGUAUUUUGUCAGCCAGCUACAAUUUUAGAAUAGAAAAGAAUCCUUGAAGAGUCUUUAUAAAAGUGUAAGACCAUUGAUGAUGAUGGCAGUUGGAAAGUUUGUUGGUUCUUUAAAGGAUAAUUCCAGUUUAUUACAAUGUAACAUCAUCAGAAUACAUUAAUAAUUUAGAUUUAUUUUGUAAGUAUGUUUGUAGCUGUAAACAAAGCAGGAAAACAGACCUUUUUUUUAAUUAUGCAAAAAUGUUGAUUUUCCAUUUAUAACUGACUUCAUUUGUAUAUGUCAGUAUAUGUCAAGUUUUUGGGGUUGAAAAAAUUAUGGGUUGGACCUUUGAGCACUUAAUGCAACAGCUACCAGUGAAUGUUUACUGUCAUUUUAUUUUUCUCCCAAAACAAGUUAACACAGGAGUGAAUGAAAAAUUAGAAAAGAAACCAGUAAUGUAUGAAAAACCUUCAGUCUCUGUACUUCCUGUGAUGUAGUUAGUUGCUGAGACAGAUUACAGGUCUUAUAAUAUUAAAUUCAUAACUUCUGUUGUGAAUUAGCGCUAUACAAAUAAAAUUGAAUUCAAUUUAAUUGAAUAAUAACCACACUAAAAAAAAAAAAGACACUCUCCCAGAGAUCUAGUAAAACUGUGAUAAUCUAAACAGGCACUAUUUUAAUUAGUUUGAUUAUGUCCAGUCAGUUUACUCUGUCAGUUAAUUUCACUGUUAUAAUGAUAACAGAUUACUGUUGCUAAUGUUUGAAUUACAUGGGCCUUCUGUCAUCCUUUUGCCUUGUAUUGUUUGUUUUUGUAUGUUUUAAAAUGUAUGUUCAUUUUUAUUGUUAAUGGAAAACCUGA